AUGCCAUCGCCAAGCAAACUUAUCGCGCCUCUCAAAGACGCUGUGAAGCGCAAUAAAGGCGACAGCGGCAGGCCAACCGGAAGCUUAGGCUCGCCCCCAGCACUGCCGCCGGAACAAGAACCUUAUAUCGCCAGGGAUUACGUCACAAUUCCCUCACCAUCGCAGGAAGCGGCGCUCCGAGCAGCCCCAGCUACGCAACCGAUUCCAGCCACAUCAACCGAUAAAGUAGAUCCUUCUGCUGGACCACAAGAGCCCAAAACGGCCACACACCCAUUGGAUGUGCAGAGUGACCUUGCUUCGGUGUACACUUCAAGAUAUGCCGACAGAAUUGAACCCGAAUCCGAAGAUGACGAAGGUGAACAAGAGUUGACCGACACUCAACUAAGACGACUCUAUGAUGAUGAGGAGAUUGAGCGUUUCCUUACUCUUGUGACUGAAGUCACAAUAGCGCCAUCCGUAAGCAGUGGAAAUCACAGGAAGACUGCUGUGCUGCGUUCGAGCGGCCAAGGCGAACAAGGCCUGGAGGUCGAUGUUUAUAGCGUUGAUGAUUCGGAUACAGAAACCGAUAUCGACGAGCCUUGGACAUACUUCUACUCAUCUGAUGCACAAAGCGCAACGAAUACGCCUCCCACAACGCCUGGGCGAACCUCACCUGUAGGAGCGCAACCUCGCCUACACCUAUCUCCUACACCCACAUACCUUUCUGCUCGCGUUGCAGCUUGGAUAAUGCAAAGAUUGCCUAUUACGCCAGUCCCUCCAUCCCACAAGUUUAAACUGUCUACUUUCCGGCUCGCAGGGCAAAGAAUCUACGUUGGGACUUACCCGUUCUACGCCCCCUUCUUUGCCGAUCUUACUAGACUUGCAACCUGGUCUGACUGGAACCGGAGUGCGCGCGUGUGUACUAUCUGGUGGAUUUUUUGGUAUUUUAAUCUAUUGCUCCCUGCGCUGUUCGGAAAACUUUUGGUCUCGUUAAUGAGACGUCGGGUGAUGCCAUAUCCCAGCCUGAAGUCUCUGCGAGAACGGCGUCGAUUAGCUCGCGGAGCGGAGGAAAUAGGUGACGCGGUAGAAAGCCAGGGCGCGGCAGCUAGCUUCUUUGGUACGAAGGGUGUGCCUGGUAUGGGCCAAGGAGGAGGCGACAUGGGAAUGCGAGAGAUGCUUAAGAUGACCAGAGCUAUAAUCAAAGGAAAGAGUAAGAAAGGGAAAGAAAAAGUCAAGGACGCGGGAAGUCAUGCCGCAACUCAAAUGGGGCUGACUUUGGAAGACGAGGAGGAAGAUGGCUUACAGCAGCAACUAGAGGAAGAAGAUUGGCGAACCUCUGCUUUGAAAAUGAUGGAAGAUAUAGCAGACUUCCACGAGCGAGUACGAAACUUAUGGCUAUGGCGUCGCGAACAAUCGUCCCGCAUAUACGCGUUGGUUUUGACUGUGGUAUUUCUGUUCAUCACAUUUACCCCGGCACAAAUCCUUGCAAAGACAACGUACGCCGUGGUUGGAUUUUUUUAUUGGUUUGCUAUCCCGGUUCUAUUGGCUAUGCCCCCCGAGGCUCGUAGUCGAAUUCCUCCCCCUCUCUUUGACGUCCCCACAGAUGCGGAGUAUGCGAUGAGCUUGAUGAGCAUUCGAGUAGCUAAAGGUGAAAGCAUUGUGCCUGCUUCUCUUAGCGGUGGCAGAGAACACGGCAGAGCGCGCAGGUUUAUUGCCAAUAUGAACGCAAGCUCUAGCGCAACAAAAAACCCAGCUCGCGGAGUAGAAUGGAAUGUUUCAAACCCCGAUCAAGACGUGGGCAGUAUACGCCGAGAGGCUGAAGAAAAGGAGAGCGUAGUCAAUAGCGAGCGAGCUGCAACCGCAAGAGAUAUCAAAACCACUGGAAAUGAGGCAGUAUCACUUGAUACUGGGUCGCCAGCAGAGGUCGGUACGUUGGCCAGGCUCAAGAGUAGUAUCGAAGCCAGUACCACAGACCUAUUGGGGAACAACAAGGAUGAUUCAACCGAAUCGUUACAAGGCAUUGGUGCCCCUCAAACCGUACCCGCUAACCACAAGGCGACACCCGGAAUGCUAAAUCUCGACUCGGAAGGGAUCAAAUUCACUCCCCUUUUGACAAGUAAGCCCCGCGUACAGGUUUCGCUUGAACGCGUUCAAGGAGUGAAAAAGACGGGCCACACAAGUACGUACCCAGUUUGGUCUUAA